GUGACUUCAUCGAAAGAUGGCCGCGAAUGGAUAUUGCAUGUGAAAUCGCCGCAAGCUCGUGACAGUGGCAUCUAUGAAUGUCAAGUGAAUACGGAACCGAAAAUGUCGAUGGCAUUUCAGUUGAACAUUAUUGAAAUACCCGCCGAUUCACGGGCCAUCAUCAGCGGCCCAGCCGAUCUGCAUUUCAAAGUCGGCAGCCCAAUUAUACUUAUCUGUCAUGUGCAACAGCCGAGCAUUCGUGAUAUUGGACCGAUUUAUUGGUAUCGCGGCGACCAUAUAAUCACGCCCUUCGAACUCGACGAUGACGACGACGACGACGACGAGGCUGAUAAUAAUGUUGCUCAUGCCGAUGCUAAUGCUGAUGAUGCCGAGAAGGUAGAGAGCAACGACAACAAUGGACGCGUGAACGCCUACGCCGAAGGAGCAACGCUGCAUAAGCGCCAGCCAUCAUCGCUAGCAAACAAUGAGGUGGAAGUUGACGUGACAGCGACGAUAACAAAUGUCAAUGCAUUGGCUGCUGCAGGCAGUCGCAGUAGCAAGGGCAACGCAGGUCGCAGCCGUGCAGCGAUGGCUGUGGCGGCGGCCACGGCAGCUCAGCAUGAUGGCUUAACCAACGACAUAACACCGGACUUCACAGCGCGCAUAGCAAUGGAAUCACAGCUGGGUGACACAAUGAAAUCAAGCUGGGUGACACAAUGA